UACUAUUCACAGGCGUAGUUCACCUGACCCGAAAUAGUUCAAACCAUCACCUCGUUUCUCGUGACCAAAAUUUUAUUUAUUUUGCGUAAAAAUGGCCUACGAUUUUAAAGACGAGGGCGAAGUUAAAGAGUUCAUAAAAAAUUUAGGCAUAGAAUACCGAUUUGGUUGCUACAGCGAAAAAAAACCGGAAGUGUGUCACCUCCUGGCUGAUUAUUUAGAAUCCAUAGACAAGAACUACGAAAAAGCAGGCAUUGUGUACAAAAACACCUGUGAUGACUAUAAAUACGCCAAAAGCUGUUCAAAAUAUGCCACCUACGCCCUGCUCGGCAAAGGCUCGCAGAAGUCGGACUUUAAGGCAGCUUAUAGUUAUUUCGAUAAGGGAUGUGAGUUGGGGGACCCCACGUCGUGCUUCCACCAGGGCUUGCUUUUAAUCACCAGAAACGAGCAACAGGGGAUUGCGCAAAACCCCAUUAAAGGUAUGUCGCUACUGGAAAAAUCAUGUCUGGCUGAACACAGCAACGCUUGUUACUACUUAUCAGGGAUGUACAUUGCGGGGGUCAAAAGGCACCAGGAUAAGUCUGAAAAAGACGCCAAACCUGAGGUUUUAGUGGCCACAGAUAUGAAAAAGGCGUUUCAGUUUGCUUUGAAGGGGUGUGAGUUGGGGAAUAUGUACAGCUGUGCUAAUUUAAGCCAAAUGUAUGCGAAAGGCGAUGGGGUGGAGAAAAAUCCAGAACUUGCAGCCAAGUACCGAAAAAUAGCCACCGACAUGCAGGAGGAUAUUCAAGGGGGCAAAACACUGUCGUUCCAGGAGGGGCUGUCGUAAUCUAGUCUGUGUAUAUAGUCCUAAGUGUAUUCAAGUAGUAAUAAAUUUUCCAGUUUGUUUAAA